AUGGCGGGGCUGAUUCCACUACCUGAAGACGGCUUAUUUCUUCUGCCUGAGAAUGACACCUGGGCCGAGUCUAGUGAUGGACUUCCGGAAGCCUCGUCACAGGAGUCGGAAUCAGAGACUGAUGGGGAAUCGAUCGGCGGUGAUCGAGAACUGUCGCUUGCCUACUCAGAGCAGGUAUUUCCCUCGGCUGUAGAAUGGAUUGAACGAUAUAUGGGUGACGAACCAGCAUGUUAUCGAUGCAGAGCCCCAGGAUUGGAGCAUGGCAGUGGAUGGAGCAUGAAAGAUAUGGCGGCAUGGAUUCGCCAGUCAGGCCUUCCGGAUAUACUUAACCAGUCCAUUUCAGAUCCCCUACCACCUCCCCAUGAUCCUCUCUGGAAGACUGUUCUUACUGGAGAUCCAAGCGUCCCUCCACUUAGUGCCUGCCCACCCCACGCCGCCAACCACACUCGAAAUAUCCGAUUUGACAUUGACGCCUUAAUCGCGGAGGCUCGCUCACUAGCGGUCCUCCGAGAACUCCGGUUUUCUUACCAUCCGAAGCCUAUGCACAACGUACAGAAAUCUAUCCAUGUUUUGUUCCACGGCAAGCAAUUACAUCAGUGCCGUCACAUUCGGUUCGCUGAGGGCCUCCAUGAUCAGCACUUAUGGCUUUAUAUUGCAUUUCCCCGUCUGGAGUGCUCGCGGGAAACCUACUUAACAAAGAGCCAGCAUGCUCUCUGGAUCGACCAGAUUGUUCUCCCUUCUCUCCGUGAGGUGAUGCCACCAACAUAUAUGCAGCACCUUCCGCUGACAUGGGCGCAUGGGGCUGCAAAAAUGCGGGCUAAGCAUAACGAACACCGUACCCGAGAUGUUGGAGGCACCGACCUAAUCCCUUAUGCGAUUAAGGAGGAAUACCUUUCUGAGCUCUGGGAACGGAUGCGAGCUAAGCUAAUCCACCCAUCUCUGGCGGAGUUCCGUGGGAUGUUUAUUGUCGUACAGACAUAUGGCACUAAGUUGGUUUGGAACCAUGAGAACUUCACCCAGCUUCGGAACGACUUUUGUAGGCAGCUCAGUUCGCUACUGAAUCUAGCCUACCUUGACGAAUCUAAAACCUAUGUCGAUAUUGGGAAGGAAUGUCUAUCAGGGCCCUCUAAUAUCCACUGUGGAAACGCUGUUGUUUACAGGACUGGGUCGGUUCUAUGGGUUUCCAACAUCGUCUGGCUACGCGACUGCACCCUGUUAGCGGUGUCCGGGAUCUAG